CUUCCUCCUGUCGACGGGAUUCACCGAUCUGCCUCCGCAUCGUUUUGCAAAGAACGCCGUGUAGGGAUCUCUCUCGUCCCUCUCUCUCUCUGCUCGCUCGCCUACCUCAUUCGCAUCGGAGUAUGUGUAUAGCUUCGCGUUUGGAGAAAGAGAUGAAGAACUGUGAGCGCAUCGCAAACAUAGCCUUAGCAGGCUUAACAUUGGCACCUCUAGUUGUCAAGGUGGAUCCAAACUUAAAUGUCAUCUUGACCGCAUGCCUCACAGUUUAUGUGGGUUGCUAUCGAUCUGUCAAGCCUACCCCACCUUCUGAGACUAUGUCCAAUGAACAUGCCAUGCGCUUUCCAUUUGUUGGAAGUGCAAUGUUGCUGUCACUUUUCUUGCUGUUCAAGUUUCUUUCAAAGGAUUUGGUUAAUGCUGUAUUGACCUGCUACUUCUUUGUUCUUGGGAUCAUUGCGCUUUCGGCAACACUUCUACCGUCUAUUAAAAGAUUCUUGCCUCACCACUGGAAUGAGGAUGUCAUCACAUGGCGUUUUCCAUAUUUUCGCUCUUUGGAGAUCGAGUUCACUAGGUCUCAAAUUGUUGCUGCAAUUCCUGGGACUUUCUUCUGUGCUUGGUAUGCUUCUAAGAAGCACUGGUUGGCUAACAAUAUCCUGGGCCUUGCAUUUUGCAUUCAGGGGAUUGAGAUGCUUUCACUUGGAUCUUUCAAGACAGGUGCUAUCCUGCUGGCUGGGCUUUUUGUCUAUGAUAUAUUUUGGGUUUUCUUUACUCCGGUGAUGGUUAGCGUAGCAAAAUCUUUUGAUGCUCCGAUAAAGCUUUUGUUCCCAACAGCUGAUACUGUACGGCCAUUUUCCAUGCUUGGUCUUGGCGACAUUGUAAUUCCUGGUAUCUUUGUUGCAUUAGCAUUACGAUUUGAUGUUUCUAGAGGGAAAGAGAGCCAGUACUUUAAGAGUGCAUUUUUUGGAUACAUGGCUGGCGUUGUGCUGACCAUUAUUGUCAUGAAUUGGUUUCAAGCCGCUCAGCCAGCAUUGCUGUACAUUGUGCCCGCGGUUAUAGGAUGUUUGGCUGCUCAUUGCUUAUGGAAUGGUGAUGUGAAACAGUUGCUGGAGUUUGACGAGUCCAAGGCUUCCGCAUCGUUGCAAGAGGAUGCGGAUGCAAAAGCUGGGAAGGCGGAAUGAUGAGAGGAAAAGCAUUCCAAGUUGUCUUUGUAGAGAACACAAAUGCCUCUUUAGCUUUAUUUUGGCUAACUUAUGCCGCCGCGCAUCAAGUGUAACAAGAUUUUGAAAUCAAAGAAGAAAUAAUAUUUAGCCUCUCACAGAAA